AUGUGUAAUAGCAGUUUAUUUCAACAAACAGGAUUUAAUAAUCUUAUGGAAUCAUUUUCAUCAUAUCGCAAUUUACAAUUUCGCCGCAUAGAAAACCGUUUGAAGGUCAGCAAUUCAGGUAACUUAGAACAUUCUACUGAUUAUUCGAAUGAUCUCAAAGGUCUCAACCAUAAACUUCUAAUGCAGGUAGAUAACGCUAUCAGUCCAGAUAUGUUGAAGAGAACAACCGUCUCACCUAUUUUAGAUGUUAUCGAUAAUUCUAGCUUUCCAUCGUACGAUCAUAAUGUAGAAAAUUCCAAUCAUAAAAACAAUGAAAAACAAUCGAAUCAAUUCAGUGAAAACGAGCUGCUUAACAACAAACCUACAGAUGGUAUAAUUCUAUCAUCAUCGUUACCGCCGCAUACACAUUUGAUAGCACGUCACAAAACGUCAUUAACUGCUUUUGAAUAUUUAAAUAGUUCGUCAUCACAGAAUUUUAACAAUCUCGAUUUGCCUUUAAUGGAAUUGAACGAUAUGGGAGGAAUAUUUUCGCCAUUUUUACAACGGCGGCCGCGUGGCGAAAAACGCUCUAUACCCGACGAACAAAAAGAUGAAAAAUACUAUGAACGUCGUAAGAGAAAUAAUGAAGCCGCGAAGAAAUCGAGAGAUGCUAGGAAAAUACGAGAAGAUCGUAUUGCCUUGAGAGCGGCAUUCUUAGAGCAAGAAAAUUCAAUAUUGCGUACACAAAUUUUAGCUUUAAGAGAUGAAUUGCAAACAUUGAGACAAAUUAUUAGCCUAGAAAUAGAACAGAAAAUUAUUAAUGGUCAUAAGGAUCAGGAAAGUAGAUAUUGUUUAAAUUUUUAG